CUUUAGCUUAGCAUGAUCCUUUACCAACUCAUCCAACAAAAGCUUGUCGUACUCAUUGGAUAGAAGCUUCCGAUUCAGCCACGCAAAAGUCGCCGGUGAGCAAAGUCGCCGUCGCAGCAUUAUCCCACCACAAUCACUUGUAUAGGAUACAAUAUAACCAGACUGCAUUCUUCGCCGUAUGCAUAUGUCCAUGCAGCAUCACAAUAACAACUAUGGCACAGCCGAAGCGCCUUCUUGUCAUUGUCGCAGGUGGGGGAUAUACCAACGCAGCUCCUCUUCUCGAAUUGUCUUCCAUUCUAGCAAAUCGUGGCUACAUGAUUGACUUCGCAACCCUCGCUGGACGGCAGCAAUGGUUGUCGAAUUGCCCUUUUGUCUCGCGGCUUCAUAUCGUCGGACCUGCCAUUCCUAAAGAGCACGAAGAAGAAAGCUAUGAACGGAUGUCCCAAUGGGCAACUAAUUCGAUAUGCAACUGGAGUACUGUAUUUGCUGCCAAAAAGUACCUCGAAUCCUCAUGGCACUAUGUAUAUCACGACCUCACCCAGUUGGUGCUUGACCCAGCCACUCGACCAGACUUCAUCCUGGCAGACUACUUGGUAGAUGCAGUCCGAGACGUCUGUUUCGAGCAUGACGUUCCAUUCGCAAUGCAUUGGCCUCAGAUGCCGACUGGUAUGAUGCAUGCUUCGUAUAUCCCCGGCAUCCCGGGUCUCCAGGUCGAAGUCCUGACGUCCGAGUUCGCAACUCUAUGGCAGCGUUUGAGAAAUGCCGUCCGCAUCUACACAGCCUUACCAAACUUGCUUGAAUAUCAGCACUGGGUAAAGCAGAUGCGGCAGUCGGCUGGCGUAUUUCGACAACUUCCCCUUCUUCCAAGGCCCGACUAUCUCUGUCUGGUGAACUCCUUCUUCGCCCUCGAGGCAGCCAAAGAAAUACCUCCCAAUGUUGCAGCCAUCGGGCCUGUUCUUGCCGACAAUGUUGACAAGCUCACCGGGCCAUUUUCUUCAUUUCUCAAAUCCCGUUCCCGUGUUCUUUAUAUUGCGUUAGGCACGCACGUCUUGUUCCCUCACAGGGUACUAGCCGAUCUACUAUCUGGGACAAUCACCGCUCUCCGAGCUGGCAUAAUCGAUGGUAUUAUCUGGGCCGUGAGUCCUAAAGCUCGCAGGAAACUGGACACCUCCGCCCUUCUCCCCUCACCAACCUACUCUGGAAACGAAAUCACCCUCAGCAGCCUCCUAGAGAACAAGCACCCAUCCAUCUUAACUGCCAAAUUUGCUCCUCAGCGUCCAAUCCUACAUGAUCCCCGAGUCGCUGUGUUUAUCAGCCACGCAGGAGCAUCAUCAACCAACGAAGCCGUUGUGGCCGGUAUCCCAGUCAUCACCUUACCAGCCUACUUUGACCAAAUCCAGAAUGCAAUGCGCUUACGAGACGCAGGGGUCUCGGUCCCACUGCAAAAGGAGACCCUGAGUGCGUCCGAUGUCACAGCUGCCAUCACUCGCAUACUCGAUGACAUUCGCAGCGAUGGUCCGGUCAUGGCUAAUGUUCGUCGUGUGUGUGGGAUCGCGCGCAUUGCCACACACCGAAAGUAUUUGGCCGUGGACUUGAUCGAGGAGGUUUUGAUCGAUUGGCAAGGACGCCAACGUGAGCGUCAGUUGGGAGUGGAACGGCCUCGGGGAAUGCACUUGGAGACUGCAGAGGCACGAAUGCCGAGGUGGAAGGCGAGGAAUUGGGACCUUUUCGGGUUUAUGGUGGCACCUGUUUUAUUGGUUGCUGCGAUUACCAUGACUCUUUUUUUCUGAAUUAGGAAUCGAUAUUGUUCUAUUAGAAUGAACAUAGUCACUGGUGUACUUUUGGGGCCUGAUUUUCGAGUAGAAUGUAUUCCAAGGGAGAGCAUUUA